CUUGAACCCUAAUUAGCAUGUGUAUGAAGAAAGAGAGGUAUAAAGGCAGGAGAGGUUCAUAUUUACAGAGUAUAAGGAACUCUGGUUCUGCUGCCCUGCCUGCGGUGGUUGAGGCGGUGACGUCAGCGCCUGUUUAAUAACUGCCCCACUGACGGGGCAGACCGAGCCGGCACCAUGGCUGCCAUGUUUUGGGGGAAGUGACCGUCUUCCGCCGGCCUAAGCGUCUAACUCUGCCGACACCCCUUCGAGGACUCAGCCGUUGUCGCCGAGUUUGGGGCGGGCAGGUUUCCCUCAGGGUGGUGGUUCGCCGUCGGCUCGGUUCUCUCUGUGUGAUUUUUCUUUUCCGUUCCGUAAUCGUGGAAGAUGGCGGACCCGGCGGAGUGCACCAUCAAAGUAAUGUGCCGUUUCAGGCCACUGAACAGCUCAGAGGUGGAAAGAGGGGACAAGUACAUCCCUAAGUUCCAGGGGGAGGACACGGUGGUCAUUGGGGGUAAACCGUACGUGUUUGAUAGAGUUCUCCAGUCCAGCACGACUCAAGAGCAAGUUUAUAAUGCUUGUGCUCAGAAGAUUGUCAAAGAUGUGUUGGAUGGCUAUAAUGGAACCAUUUUUGCUUACGGGCAAACAUCUUCAGGCAAAACGCACACAAUGGAGGGUAAUCUCCAUGACACAGACGCAAUGGGAAUCAUUCCCAGGAUAGUGCAGGACAUUUUUAACUACAUUUACUCCAUGGAUGAAAACCUGGAGUUUCAUAUCAAAGUUUCGUAUUUUGAGAUUUAUUUGGAUAAGAUCCGGGACCUUUUGGAUGUGUCAAAGACUAACCUGUCUGUACAUGAAGACAAAAACAGAGUUCCUUAUGUCAAGGGCUGCACUGAGCGAUUUGUGUGUAGUCCAGAAGAGGUGAUGGACACCAUUGACGAGGGCAAAUCCAACAGACAUGUAGCAGUGACAAACAUGAAUGAGCACAGCUCCAGGAGUCACAGCAUCUUCUUGAUAAAUGUAAAGCAGGAGAACACUCAGACAGAGCAGAAGCUCAGCGGCAAACUAUACCUGGUGGACCUGGCAGGUAGUGAGAAGGUCAGUAAAACAGGAGCUGAAGGUGCCGUUUUGGAUGAAGCCAAAAACAUCAACAAAUCUCUGUCCUCCCUGGGAAAUGUCAUCUCAGCUUUGGCUGAAGGAUCGACAUAUGUUCCCUACCGAGACAGUAAGAUGACGAGGAUCCUGCAGGACUCUCUGGGUGGGAACUGCAGGACCACCAUUGUCAUCUGCUGUUCCCCUUCAAGCUUUAAUGAGGCAGAGACUAAAUCAACACUCAUGUUUGGACAGAGAGCAAAGACAAUUAAGAACACUGUGUGUGUGAACGUGGAGCUGACAGCAGAACAGUGGAAGAAGAAGUACGAAAGAGAGAAAGAGAGAAACAAGGCCCUGCGGAACACCAUCACAUGGCUGGAGAAUGAACUCAACCGCUGGAGGAGUGGUGAGACAGUUCCUGUGGAAGAACAGUAUGAUAAGGAGAAGGCUAACACAGAUGCUCUGGUUCUGGAUAAUGUUGUGAAUAAUGAUAAACCAGCCUCUACACCGGGAGUGCCCGCAGUUCCUGGGGUCCGCCUCACUGAUGCUGAGAGAGAGAAGUGUGAGGCAGAGCUCGCUAAACUCUACAAACAGCUGGAUGACAAGGAUGAUGAGAUUAAUCAGCAGUCUCAACUGGUAGAGAAACUCAAACAACAAAUGCUGGAUCAGGAGGAGCUGUUAGCCUCGUCACGGCGGGACCAUGAUAAUCUGCAGGCAGAGCUGACACGUCUGCAGCUGGAGAAUGAGGCUUCUAAGGAGGAGGUGAAGGAAGUUCUGCAGGCGCUGGAGGAGCUUGCUGUCAAUUAUGAUCAGAAGAGCCAGGAGGUGGAAGACAAGACCAAGGAGUUUGAAACCCUCAGCGAGGAGCUUAACCAGAAAUCCACCAUCCUGAUGUCCAUAGACUCAGAGCUGCAGAAGCUAAAGGAGAUGACUAAUCACCAGAAAAAGAGGGUUACUGAGAUGAUGUCAUCUCUGCUUAAGGACCUGGCUGAGAUUGGCAUUGCUGUGGGCAGCAAUGACGUCAAGCAUGAGGGCAGUGGGAUGAUUGAUGAGGAGUUCACUGUGGCCAGGCUCUACAUCAGCAAGCUGAAGUCAGAGGUGAAGACCAUGGUAAAGCGCUGUAAGCAACUUGAGAGCAGCCAGUCAGAGAGCAACAAGAAAAUGGAUGAAAAUGAGAAGGAGCUUGCCGCCUGCCAGCUACGGAUCUCCCAGCAUGAGGCAAAAAUAAAGUCUCUGACGGAGUAUCUGCAGAACGUGGAGCAGAAGAAGAGGCAGCUGGAGGAGAAUGUGGACUUACUCAAUGAAGAGCUGGUCAAAAUCAGUGCUCAGGAGAAAGUUCAUGCUCUGGAAAAGGAGAAUGAGAUACACAGCACCAAUGAGGUGAAGGAGGCGGUAGAGAAACAGAUUCAGAGUCACAGAGAAGCCCACCAGAAACAGAUCAGCAGCCUGAGAGAUGAACUGGACAGCAAAGAGAAACUAAUCACAGAACUGCAGGAUCUGAAUCAGAAGAUCAUGUUGGAGCAGGAACGUUUGAGGGUGGAACAUGAGAAACUGAAAUCUGCUGAUCAGGAGAAGAGUCGCAAACUGCACGAACUCACGGUGAUGCAGGACCGUAGGGAGCAGGCCAGACAGGAUCUGAAGGGUUUGGAGGAGACAGUGGCCAAAGAACUACAGACUCUUCAUAACCUUCGAAAACUCUUUGUUCAAGAUCUUGCGACAAGGGUGAAAAAGAGUGCUGAGAUGGACUCAGAUGAUACUGGUGGCAGCGCUGCACAGAAACAGAAGAUCUCUUUUCUGGAGAACAAUCUGGAGCAGCUCACCAAGGUUCACAAACAGCUGGUGCGGGAUAAUGCAGAUUUGCGCUGUGAGUUGCCCAAGCUGGAGAAGCGUCUGCGAGCAACGGCUGAGAGGGUGAAGGCUCUGGAGUCAGCAUUAAAGGAAGCCAAAGAGAAUGCAGCGCGUGACCGUAAACGCUAUCAACAGGAGGUGGACCGCAUCAAAGAGGCAGUGAGAGCCAAGAACAUGGCCCGUCGCGGACACUCUGCACAGAUAGCUAAACCCAUCCGCCCGGGGCAGCCUCCUGUAGCCUCUCCCACCCACCCAAACGUAGUCCGUGGAGGAGGGGGUGGCAGCCUCUUCCAAAACAGCCAACCAGCCGCUAUCAGAGGAGGUGCAGCCAACAAACAAGAGAAGAGUUGAAGACGAGGACUUUGCUUGCUUACCACGGAUGAUGCAGAAUGCAAAUGUCACCAUGGAACCCUUUCAUUCCAUUAACAGGAUCCCUCCCACAUGCGCACGAGGGAGGAGUUUUAAAUAUGAAUAUUCAUGGGCUGUACAGUUCCACUCCCCCCAUAUUUUUUUUCCUUCUGUCAAAAACAAAUAAUUUUAUGAACACACACACACACACGCACAGGUAUACACACAUACAAAAACAAAAUCCACAAGUAAGAAAUAAGCAAAGCAAGUUAAGCAAAACAGGCCACAACGCUGAACAGUUUUGAAUGUACCUUGGUUAACUUCUCUCUUGCGGUUAGUUGUUCUCAUUCUCACGCUGCCCUGCACCACACCGAGCCGUUCGUGUACGGCGGGUUUCAUCAGGCGCAACAAACACGUCAGCACAUUAUUGAUCACACGUCUUUGGCUGCUCUCCGCACUGGUUCCACUACGUUUAGUGACCUUGUCGAGCUCGUUGUGGUCCGAGUAAUUGAUGUUUAGCUUCUGGAACUCAAGAGAUGAGAUCCGACAAGAAAAGUUAUGCGCCGUUCGCACAUAUGAAGUAGAUUUCUGUCGUCUUUCUAUCUACCACUACAGUUCUGCUGUACAUAGAGUGACUGUAACAGUUGUAUUGAAGCAGAUAAUGGUUGAUGGUUUUUACUUUGUAAGAAAUUAACUUAAUGAUUUUUGAAAAGGGUCGGGUGGGGGAGUGGUAAAGGACUCUAGUGGUGAUUAAUCAAACUUGACUCUAGAUGAACACAUUCAUUUUAAAAUACAUUUUAAAACAUGAUCACUGAGGCUUUUGGUGCGUUCAGAAAGAAAGUGAACUUGGCUGGAGAUCCUCUCCUGUAGAGUGGAGUAUGAAAUGAUUUCUCACACUGCGAUGCCUCACACGGAUGAAGAGAAUGAGAAAUUCAGAGCAGUCGGUCCUCAAACCACCUGUUGUGGUGUGU